AUGAUAUAUAUUCCAACAAACUUUGGCUGGACUUAUGUGGGCUCUGAGGGAAGGAGCCACAGAUCCAGCAGAUUGGAGGACCAGGAUUCUACUUCUACACCACCGACACCUAUAACUGAAAACUCUUUUCAACCGUUGGAAGAUGAUGAUGUGGAGCUGGUUGCAGAUGAAUCAAUUAGUGUUGGUGACGACAAAGAUACACUUCAGUCUGAGGACCAUAUAUUGCUCGAAGAUUCUGCUGUUGAUGAUGCUGAUUUGAGAUCGGUGAACUCCAACGUAGCUGGUCGCCCUGGUUCCGAAGAUACUAACGAAGAUUUUUCUCACGAAAAUUCAUUUUCUGAACAUAUGGUAAAGCUCCAGAAAGCCUUUGCUCCAGGAACUCAGUCGCCCUCAGUGGUGGCUCAUCAAACAAGUCCGGUGACUCUUCCCAAACAACUACACAUUUUGGAUGAGGAUGACAGUGUGGAUCUUGCGCUGUCUGGAACUGCUGAACUUACCCGCGAGGCUUCAGCUGUUGAAACCGCUAGCCAAUCUGGUGAUGACAAUCAGGAUGCGGUUGACUCAGAAACCAAUGAUGAAGACAUGGAUGGGUCUGUGGAACAUAUACUGGGUUUCGACGAAUUGGAAGACUCAUCAGAUUCUGAAUUUUCGUCUAGCGACGUUGUCAUGGAUUCCUCUACUAAGUUGGAGGAAGCUCCUGCGAGAGAUGUCGGGGUGCCGCAAGGUUUAGGUGACACUCAAGGUACUGCUACAAGCACAAAUAAUCCUGCCAGCAAUCAACUGGUUUUGGCGGCGGCGGAACUUGUACGGGCCACCACCGAGCUAGUAGAAACUACGACGUCUGCAAAUCGGUCUGCCAGAAUGGCUGAGGCGGGCGGUAGUAGGAAGAGGCAUCUAAAUUUAGCGAGAUUAAAAUCUGCGCUGGAACGUGCUGGUCAGCCAGAAAAUCGUCGUUUACAUGCCGGUAGGCGGAGCCAAGUGGCUGGCUCCUCAGGUAUACGGCAGGAGCUACCGGAGCUACCCCCAGCGCCCUCCUCUGAGAGGCUGUUGCUGGGAGCUGGUGGUUCUGAUACUGUUACUACUGCUGCAUCUGGAAGUGGCAGUGAACUGAGAGACACUGCUGAGAUUGAUCGCCCACGCUUACCGCCUGCACCAUCUACUCAGAGGCUCCUGCUAGAGUAUGGGCGAGCAGGGGAUGCUACAAGCUUUGGGGACAAUACAAGCGACGUGCGGCACAGCUCCGUGCAACAAAAUCGACAUAUGCCACUUCCGGCUCCACCCUCGAGACGGUUGUUGUUGGCAGCUCCUCCUCCGUCUUCUUCUGAACAUGAUUCGCAAACUGCUGGGCAAGUAGUUGUUCGACAAACAAGCCAACACUCAGCUCCGGCAGAAGCCCAACAGCCUCUUGCUAAUACUGGAAGAAUUACUAGGUCUGCUGCGGGUACUGCGGGUGCUGCGGGUGCUGCGGGUGCUGCGAGAGUGCCUGCUCCGUCGUCCAGACACCGUCAUCGAGAAGCCUCUCGGGACACAGUUGUUGUUAACAAAAGAUUAGCUGAUUUGAUUGAGCAAAAUGGCUAUUAUGUUCCUAACAGUGCACUUCAGCGGCUGGCGCGAAAAGAAAAUUCUUCAUUAAUUCUAAAUCGCACAAAUCUAAUUACCCGGCCUACUGAUAACCUUCCACUAAAAGUAGUCUCAGAAAAUUCGACUUCAAACUCCUCACCAAGAUUGGAAAAUGAAGCCUCAAAUGGUUCUCCCACAACACCCUCUACCUCUGCUUCUUUGUCCUCGGAAUCAUCUGCACAUUCAGAGCCAGUGGUUACAUCACCAACCUCCUCUGCUGUGACGUCUCCCACAUUAGAAAGUUCUUCUUCUCGUCGUGAUCACCAAACCACUCCUCCCUCGUCAUCGAAUCGCAUGCUGAGCUUUGAGAAAUCUGCGAAAAGAAAUCGCUCUACAAGCCCAACCACUACAGCAUCGGGCUUACUUUGGGGCUCUCGCUCUUCCGACCGGCACAGUGACAAACUGAAACUCUCGAACUCUGAGUCAGCUUUGGACUCGGAAUCUAGGUCACUGCUGCAUGGUCUGCCAGCUCGUGAGGGUUCAACACUGAGAGCCCCACACGGCCACCUCCAGGGUACACCGAAUCUUAGAUUCAACCCCACUCCCGAUGCGGUUCCCUUUCUUUCUCACACUCACUCGGCAACACACAAUGUCCCUGCUACGUCAGCAUCAGUAGAUGAGGACUCAGUCGUUAGCACUGACUCGCAGUCCCACUCUCCCGCCUCCACAACCGAAGCUGAUGUUGAGGCUACAAGCGAUGAAAUCUCAAUUGCAGCACCCUACAAUUCUGACUCUCAGGGCUCAUCAGAACACUUAGCUGACGGCAUUGACUUCUUACAUGAAACUUUUGUUUCUUCGCCUGCUGAUGAUGAAAUUAUUUUUGUUGAUGAAUCGGCAAGCCCAUCAGGAGAUCCGUCUGCCGGGGCUGUCGACGAUGUCAUUGGCAUUGGCUGCAUCUACUCGAACUCUGAAGAACCAACUGUGAAAGCCCGCAUGGCGUCUGGAAGACUUGACACACUCAGCGCUAUUAACAUUAAGCUUCCAAUUUUGAGGAAUGACAUCAAAGUGUUAGAAUCUAGCAAACCAGGUCUCUGCUUUACGGCUCCUGAUGUGGAGAAUGUUAGAGCUCUUAUCAGCGACAGAGAUUGGGCAGAUCUUAAGGACCGUCCUGCCUUCAUUCGAUUUCCGAAUGUGGGAGUGGCGCUGCUCGACCCUGGCAAGAAGCUAAAAAGGGACCCACGGUCACUUGCGGAAGCCAACAACAGAGAAGAUAAGCGCUUCUGGUUCGAUGCGGCCUAUUCGGAAUUUGCUGCCAUUGAUGGCAAUCAUGUAUACCAAGUUGUGCCCCUCCCGGCGGGUCGCAAAGCACUUGGCACCAAAUGGGUGCUGAAGAAGAAACUCAACACGGAUGGUUCAAUUGACAAGUACAAGGCUCGUCUUGUUGUUCAGGGGGGUCUUUAUGUUGACGACAUCUUAACGGCGUCAAACGUACCGGGAGAAUUCGAGCGGUUUUUCAGGAACCUAUCUGGUUACUUUGCCAUCAAAGAUGAAGGUGGUGUUAACAAAUUCUUGGGAAUCAGAGUCCAAGACUCCGACAGGACGAUAUCUCUGGAUCUGGAACACUAUAUUGCUGACAUGAUUGAGGUUUUCAAAUUGGGUGAUCAAACAGCUAAGUCGAUACCGUUGCCCAAGAAACAUGGCCUUGAUUUCCCACAGGGCCUCGAUGCUCGUCCAGCUAACCAAUCGCUGUAUCGCAGCAUUCUUGGCAAGCUACAGUUUGCUGCACAGACGGCCCGUCCGGACAUUGCCUACGCUACAGGCAAGCUUGCUCAGUAUGCGAGUGACCCUAGAGCUAUUCAUAUGGAUAGAGCAUAUCAUGUUCUGAGCUACCUCAAAGGCACCAAGGACCUGGCAAUUGUCUAUCACAAAAAUGUACCAGGGGCCUCUCCGCGGCUUCUGAGAGGCUGGUCAGAUGCCGAUUGGGCAAACGAUCCCGACAGGAAGUCUAUCUCAGGCUUUGCAUUCUCUCACGGUCCUUCAACCUUCUCUUGGAAGUCGGCCAAACAGAAGUUGACAGCAACUUCCACAACUGAGGCUGAGCUGAUUGCUGCUUUCUCUGCCACGUGUGAGGCAGUUUACUUCCGAGAUCUUUUGGAAGAACUUGGUGAAUCUCAACCAACGACUGUCAUCAUGGAGGACAACAAAGGUGUCCUGGAUCUCAUGAAGGACAGCAAACAUCACGAGCGGACUAAACAUAUUGAUACCAAGUACAUGCGCACCAGAGACCAUGUCAAAGCCGGCGAUACCCGUCUUGAAGCUGUUGCUUCAGCAGAUAAUGUGGCAGACAUUUUUACCAAAGCUCUGGCUAAGCCGCAGUUUUUAUAUUUGAGGAAUCUUCUGGGUAUGAGUACCCGUCCUCAAGUUGAGGGGGGAAAUGGACUUGAUGCAGUGCUCGUCUCCUCAAAUAAUACCUCCAUCGUUACGCCGCAGUCAUUUUCGAAGACUCGACGACGCAAAGAUCAAGAGAUUGAAUCUUGA